CAUUCCGAAAGGGGCCUUGCUGCGUGCAGUCCCGGACCGGGCGGAGAAGCGGACAGGGCUCAGCAGCGGCAGCAGGAGCAGCUUUGGCGUCUUUCCUCCGAGGCGUUUGUUAAGGCAACAGCAGAGCGGUAGAACAAUGAUGCCCACAAAGUCAUGUUGGCUUCUAGUCCUCUUUGUUGUGCUUCCCUCUUCAUAUGCCCAUACAGAUUUCUUCACUUCCAUUGGUCACAUGACAGACUUAAUUAAUACAGAGAAAGACCUGGUGACUUCACUAAAAGACUAUAUCAAGGCAGAAGAGAGCAAGCUGGAACAGAUUAAGAAAUGGGCAGAGAAAAUGGAUAAGCUGACAGACACUGCAACAAAAGACCCAGAGGGGUUCUUGGGGCAUCCUGUGAAUGCAUUCAAAUUGAUGAAGCGACUUAACACAGAGUGGAGCGAGCUGGAGAACCUAGUCCUGAAGGAUAUGUCUGAUGGGUUCAUUUCUAACAUGACUAUUCAACGCCAGUAUUUCCCAAAUGAUGAAGAUCAGACUGGUGCUGCCAAAGCUCUCUUACGGCUCCAGGAUACUUAUAAUUUGGAUACAGACACUAUAUCAAGGGGAAAUCUCCCAGGGGUGAAACAUAAGACAUUUCUAACAGCUGAGGAUUGCUUUGAGCUGGGCAAGAUUGCAUACACUGAAGCAGACUACUACCACACUGAACUGUGGAUGGAGCAAGCUCUAAAACAGCUGGAUGACGGAGAGGUUUCUCCUUCCAUUGGCAAGGUUUCUGUUCUAGACUACUUGAGUUAUGCUGUGUACCAGCAGGGGGAUCUGGAGAAAGCCGUGAUGCUUACCAAGCGUCUUCUUGAGUUAGAUUCAGAACACCAGAGAGCUAAUGGCAAUAUGAAAUACUUUGAGUACAUCAUGGAAAAAGAAAAAGAAAAAGAAGCAAACAAGACUAUUGCCCAAACCGAUGGACAGACUGAAAAGGAAAACAAAACUCAGAAAAGGGGACCUGCCAAAGAUUAUCUUCCAGAGAGACAGAAGUAUGAAAUGCUGUGCCGUGGGGAGGGUCUCAAAAUGACCCCAAGAAGACAAAAGAAGCUUUUUUGCCGCUAUUACGAUGGAAAUGGGAAUCCCAGGUACAUACUGGGCCCUGUUAAACAAGAGGAUGAAUGGGACCGCCCUCGGAUUGUUCGCUUUGUUGAAAUAAUCUCUGACGAAGAAAUAGAAACUGUCAAAGAGCUUGCAAAACCGAGGCUGAGCCGAGCUACUGUGCAUGACCCCCAGACUGGGAAACUGACCACAGCACAUUACAGAGUCUCUAAGAGUGCCUGGCUGUCUGGAUAUGAAAACCCUGUAGUAGCACGUAUUAAUGCAAGAAUACAAGAUCUUACAGGACUGGAUGUUUCCACAGCAGAGGAGCUCCAGGUAGCAAAUUAUGGAGUGGGAGGACAGUAUGAGCCCCACUAUGACUUUGCUCGGAAAGAUGAGCCGGAUGCCUUUAAAGAAUUGGGGACAGGCAACAGAAUCGCAACAUGGUUAUUCUAUAUGAGUGAUGUGGCAGCAGGAGGAGCGACGGUAUUUCCUGAAGUAGGAGCUAGCGUUUGGCCUAGAAAGGGGACAGCUGUAUUUUGGUACAAUCUUUUUCCAAGCGGUGAAGGAGACUACAGCACAAGGCAUGCUGCCUGUCCAGUAUUAGUCGGGAACAAAUGGGUAUCCAAUAAGUGGAUCCAUGAACGUGGGCAAGAAUUUCGAAGACCGUGUAGUUUAUCAGAGUCGGACUGAUCCAUACCUCUCCCUUUUCUCUUCCUUUUUUGUGCAAAUUGCAACUUCCUUCCACGUUUUCCUUGAUUAACACUGAUAGUUUUACACUAACACUCCCCUACAACUUUUGUCUCCAGUGCCAACCAGUUCUUCAUCUCUGGACCUUCUUUUACAUAAGGACAAAUGUCUUUGCUAAUAUACCGUUUUAAAUUUUUUAUAGAGAGAGUGUAAAUGAUUUCGAAUGUUUUGAGUUUCCAUGGCCAAAACAACUUCCGCCAGAGACACUAUAAACUACAUUCUGCUGAGGGUAGAAUGAAUAUGGACAGUCUGUCCUCAGACAAUGACUUUGUUUGCUUGGAGGGUAAGAUGCUAUACGUCUCUUCCACUUCUGUUCCUUGGUUUUAAGAAUGCCUGACCAUGGCUAUAGAACUGUAGGCAAGGGCUGUGAGCUGCAUCCCAUUGACAUCCGUAGCAAAACUGCCCCACCGAAUGCAAAAGAUCAAGGGCUGUGUCCAUGAGCCUUAACUUUCUGGAUGACUUUUCCAGCGUUGUGAAAGUUCAAACACAGAAGGUCUUCCUUUUUAUAUAUAUUUUUAAAAUGCCUCUUGGAUGAACCUGGCCAGUGAUCCUAAAAAAAGUAAUGAGCCAGCAGUUAUGCACAUAACUCUAUAGUUGCUGAAGCAGUUCUGUACUUUUUGCAACUUUCCAAGAACAGUUUUGUGGGAGGGGCAGGACUUGCUUUCCAAGUAUGAAUCUUCUUCUGAACCAGAUCACGAUUCAGCUUCUUCCUUUUAAAAAUCGAUUGCUGCUUCUAUUGUUUUGUAACUAGCGGGAAAACACUAUGGAUCCAUAGAGACAAGAACAUUGUGGGCUUAAAACACAGCAUUGUGCCUUAGUCUCGGAGUUUGAUUUGUAUAAAAACAAUUUGUAUGAUGAGAAGACGCACACUUCCAUUCCCAAAAUGCCAAACAUUUCCCCCAGCCGAAGUGUUUUGUGACAAAGAUGAUAUAUUUAUAAUACUAAAUCAUUUUGAAAGCUUU